AGGAAAACACCUUUGUGACUGCGUCUUUUCUUCAAACACCGCCUUCACUUACGACGGUUCUCUCGCCGCCAGAACCACCGCAUUCCGGUUUCCGACCUCACACCGUCAUCCCCUGCUUCCGUUUUAAUUCCAUAAACUCAUCUCGCCUCUAGCUCCUGAUUAACGCCCAUUGCACCUGUAAGCACGAACUCGCAACACAUUCAUAUAGCGCUUCUGUUGCCACUAACCUGUCGUUAACCGAAAGGUUACGAGUUUGGGAAUUGUAAGCGUUUUGCGAGCAAAAUCCCUUUCUCCGAAUAUCGCGUUGAAGUUACGUUCGUUCGGGGUUUUUGCGAAUUCUCUGAACUCAUGGCCGCAUGGUCUUCUAGAAAGUUACUGAGAGAUGUUCUGCUAAAAAAGGCAGCGUCGAAUCAACCUCCCGGCGUCAGAUGUUUUUCUUCUGCGCCGCAAAGUGCUCCUAAGAUCGGUUACUAUUCCAAGAAAGGAAGGUUGUUGACAGGAGCCACCAUAGGUCUACUUAUAGCCGGUGGAGCUUAUGUGAGUACUGUGGAUGAAGCUACUUUCUGUGGAUGGCUAUUCUCGGCGACAAAACUUGUGAAUCCUUUUUUUGCUUUGUUGGAUCCCGAGUUUGCACACAACCUGGGUGUCUCAGCUGCAGCUCGUGGUUGGGUUCCUAGAGAGAAGAGGCCCGACCCAUCAAUUUUGGGGCUAGAAGUUUGGGGAAGAAAAUUCUCCAACCCAGUAGGACUUGCUGCUGGCUUUGAUAAAAACGCUGAGGCUGUUGAUGGUUUGCUUGCUUUGGGCUUUGGCUUUGUGGAGGUAGGCUCUGUUACUCCUGUCCCCCAGGAUGGCAAUCCAAAGCCUCGUAUCUUCAAGUUGCGAAAAGAAGGUGCUGUAAUAAAUAGAUGUGGCUUUAAUAGUGAGGGAAUUGUUGCUGUUGCUAAGCGGCUGGGUGCUCAGCAUGGUAAGAGGAAACUAGAUGAAACUUCAAGCUCUACAGCUUCUUCCAAUAACGAAGUCAAACAUGGUGGAAAAGCUGGCCCUGGCAUCCUUGGUGUCAAUCUUGGAAAGAACAAGACAAGUGAAGAUGCUGCAGCAGACUACGUUCAAGGAGUUCAUACAUUGUCCCAAUAUGCUGAUUACUUGGUGAUUAAUGUUUCAUCACCCAAUACCCCUGGUUUGCGCAUGCUUCAAGGAAGAAAGCAAUUGAAGGAUCUAGUGAAGAAGGUUCAAGCUGCCCGAGAUGAAAUGCAAUGGGGUGAGGAGGGCCCACCUCCGUUGCUGGUAAAAAUUGCUCCAGAUUUGUCAAAAGAAGACCUUGAGGAUAUUGCUGCAGUUGCCUUGGCUCUUCAUUUGGAUGGGCUGAUUAUAUCAAACACAACCAUUUCAAGACCAGAUCCUGUCAGUAGAAAUCCAUUGGCUUCAGAAACUGGUGGUUUGAGUGGGAAGCCCCUCUUCAAUCUCUCUACCAACAUCUUGAAGGAGAUGUAUAUCUUGACAAGGGGCAGGAUUCCUUUGAUUGGCUGUGGGGGCAUUAGCAGUGGGGAAGAUGCAUAUAAGAAAAUACGAGCUGGAGCAACUCUAGUACAGCUCUAUACUGCUUUCGCUUAUGGAGGACCUGCACUUAUUCCUCAGAUAAAGGCUGAAUUAGCUUCAUGCUUGGAAAGAGAUGGUUUCAAAUCCAUUGUUGACGCAAUUGGUGCAGAUUGUAGAUGACUUUUAUCCACAUCAGAAUCCCCUGCUGUAAGAAGCAUAUUCUUAUUUUAGGAGUAGUAAUGUCCCGGAUCUGGCAUUCUUGAAAUUGCAAAAUCAUUUUUUAAUCUUGCUUCAAUUUAUACCAGAUUUUAUGUUAUAUAUUGUUUUAAUUUAUCUGGGUUUUGCCACGUUCUCAAUUGUAAAAGCAAGGAUUAUUUGGCAACUCAGGCAGAGCGUUCUAUUUUGAGCGAUUGUUUGACAAUAAACCGCCGUAUCAUAGUGAAAUACUCGUGUAGAUUAAACCAAUAAUCAAGUGAAUUUAUCGCAUGGCACAAUUUUACGUUUAUGUGAUAUGAUUAUUUAAUA